UUCCAUCUUCCUCCUCCCAAUCUUUUGAUUGUGCGAAACGUUUAGAUUUAUUAUAAAUCUAGGGAGAGGCACGAAAUAAAUAUGAAGGGUUGUAUUUUUAACAUCGAUGCUGGGUAUUUGGAGGGAUUGUGCCGUGGCUUUAAGUGUGGCAUUCUCAAGCAAUCAGACUACUUGAACCUGGUACAAUGCGAAACAUUAGAAGAUUUAAAACUUCACUUGCAAGGAACAGACUAUGGCACAUUCCUCGCUAACGAGCCCAGUCCUCUUUCCGUAUCGACUAUUGAUGAUAAGCUGCGUGAAAAGCUUGUCAUUGAAUUUCAACACCUGAGAAACCAUUCAGUGGAGCCAAUGUCAACUUUCUUGGAUUUCAUAACAUACAGUUACAUGAUUGACAAUAUCAUCCUGCUAAUUACUGGAACUCUGCACCAAAGGCCUAUUUCCGAAUUGAUUCCCAAAUGUCACCCUCUCGGCUCCUUUGAGCAGAUGGAAGCUAUUCAUGUUGCUGCAACCCCUGCCGAAUUGUACAAUGCUGUGCUGGUUGAUACUCCACUGGCACCUUUCUUUGUUGAUUGUAUCAGUGAGCAAGAUUUGGAUGAAAUGAACAUUGAAAUUAUUCGUAACACACUUUACAAGGCUUAUUUGGAGGCAUUUUAUGAUUUCUGUAAACAGAUUGGAGGAACAACAGCCGAUGUCAUGUGUGAGAUCUUGGCUUUUGAAGCUGAUCGUCGUGCUAUUAUUAUAACAAUAAACUCUUUUGGAACUGAGCUGUCUAAGGAUGAUCGUGCCAAGUUGUACCCCCGCUGCGGUAAACUGAACCCUGAUGGCUUAGCUGCUCUUGCUCGUGCUGAUGACUACGAGCAGGUUAAGGCUGUGGCAGAGUAUUAUGCUGAAUAUUCUGCUCUGUUUGAAGGUGCUGGAAACAAUGUUGGGGACAAAACCCUUGAGGACAAAUUUUUCGAACAUGAGGUGUCUCUCAAUGUCAUGGCUUUCUUACAACAGUUUCACUUUGGUGUAUUCUAUUCUUACCUAAAAUUAAAGGAACAGGAAUGCCGGAAUAUUGUGUGGAUUAGUGAGUGUGUUGCCCAGAAACACCGAGCCAAAAUUGACAACUACAUUCCUAUAUUCUAAGAGAUGCCUACUCAAUACCUACAUAACAUUUGAAAUGUACAUAAUGUUAUUAAAUGUAAAUGACUACAAAUUUAUAA